GCAGAGGAAAGAUAGGAAGAUUGGCCAUGAAAGUUGAAUUUAACCAGCAGUAGGAGGUAUAUCAAGAUGAUUGAACUGACACAUAGACUUUUACAAUUUUCACCCAUAAGUUUCUUUUGGGACAUACAGCACAGGAAGUGAAGCAAAAAAGAGGCUUUAGCAAGAGAUUGGCCACCAUUUGCCCCUAUCGCUCAUAAUGAUAUACUUAUUUAUCUAGAAAAGUUGACGUACAUUGCCUUUUCAUCACUCUUAGGUUUGGUUCUGUGCUUUUUUUGGAAUGUCAUAGCUGCUACUACAACAUACAGCAAAGGGAAACGAUGGAAGCCAGGUGAUGCCUAUCCAAUCCAAGAAGCAUCAUACUGGAGAAUUGGAUCUAGUCUUGCCAUCAUGGAGAUAGUUUGCAACAUCUUACAAGAACUAAAGAUCAACCACCAUAAUUUUGAACGUUACACAAUUGUCAGACGAUCAGGAAGAUGCUCAUUUCUGUUCAUGGUGAACAGAAGGGCAAACUUUUGACAGAGAACAGAGAUCUUAUCUUGAAAAUUUUGGUCAUUGUGUUCAUUGGUGUUUACUUACUGGGACUAGCUGAUACAUGGAAUGAUAUUUUGUAUGCAUAUUUGUUGAACGGUUGUGAAAAUCUUUGUGAUCUGAACCUCCUUUUUGGAAAUUAAGAAGGUAAAAUCAAGGUAUUGAUAAAAC